UUCGUAGAGUGCUUCGGCGUGAGUGGGGACGUGAUUCCAUAAGGUCUAGAUUUGACAAUCAUCCAGUAUGUUAUUGGACUGACAGUUACACUCUUGACAGCCAGUUAUGAACCAGUGUAUGAGGUAUAAGGAUGUCUUUCGGGCCCUUCUCCAUACUGUUGUUGGCUUUCAUUGUGUGAUAUAGUGCUGUUUUCGCGCGCAUUUUCCCGUGAUCGUUUUUAUUUGCGAAUGCUCAUUCGUCGAUCAUGAUCCGAGUUGCUGAAGGGACUCGAAGUGGAUUCUGAAAUGGUGAGGAGAAAAAUGUCCGUGGCCAGAAUUCGAGCCAAUUGACAUCAUUAAGCGGGAGUUGAUUGCAAGGUGGAUAAUAACGAUUCAUGUGGAGGUUAAUUGUUGUUGGUGUGGCUCUCAGGAGGGCGUAGCUGCUACCGAGUUGGACCUUGAAGUAUUUCGGAGAUAGCAAGAAUGAAAACAGCCGGGAAAAUGGAUGAAAAGUACGGCGUCCAUCUGAUCGUUUUUCUCCUUCUCAACUUCACAUAUGUAGUCCAAGGCCUAAGAAUAACGAAGGUCGGGGUCCCUGGGCCCUUGGUGACCGGAGAGGGCGGCUGGUUGGAGUGUGAGUGGGACGUCGAGGACGACGGCCUCUACGCCGUCAAGUGGUACUUGGGCCUCUACGAGUUCUACCGUUGGACGCCGGCGGAGCACCCGGCAGUCAAGACCUUCCCGAUCGAAGGGAACCCCAUCCGGGUGGAUCUGACGGCCUCCCAUCAAGGCAGAGUCCGAAUCCAGCAAGUGACCCUCGAUGCCGGGGGCGUUUAUCGCUGCGAAGUAUCCGCCGAGGCGCCAUCUUUCCACACCGAGUCUGCUGUCGCGCUUAUGAGAGUAGUAGAUCUUCCAGACAGGAAGCCGCUGAUCACGGGGGCCCAGAUAAGCUACCAAAUGCACGAGGACGUCAUGCUGAAUUGCUCGUCCCCCAACUCACAGCCUCCAGCCACCUUGAAGUUUUACGUUAAUGACGAACAGGCUGACCCAACCUGGCUGAUCCGCUACGACACCGUGAAGAUCCCGGGGAGCAACUUCAACCCGGCGACCUUCCUGGAGACGGCCGUGCUGGGCCUCCAGUUCCCGCUGUGGCCUCGGCUGAUCCGUCAGGGGAACGUCAACGUCAAGUGCACGGCAGAGAUCCCUGACCUGUACUGGGACAGCAGCGAGGUCUUCAUCGCAGGCGACAUCCCUUACCACGCUUCCAUCAUGGAGGACAGAGCGUCGGCGACGCUCUCCUCGGCAUCCACACAAGGAAGAAUGAGAGCACACCAGCUAAUCCCUUUGGCAUCCGUCUUUGUGUUCAUGAUAAUGAUGUGAUAUUAAUUAACUCAGUGAUUUGAGGAAAAAUGUCCAGACAAAAAAGGAAGUAAAAAUGAACGUGAAAAAUCAAGGGAGAUUUUACACUGAACAGUGCCCUAAGGAAUGCGCGUGCUAGUGAGUGGUAAAAAGAGUAACGGUGGAAAUGACAUAGUGAUGAUGAUGAUAAUGACGAUGAAGGUGGUGAUAAGAUAGUGACAAUAAUGAAUAAUGGUGACGAUUUUUUUGCCUCGUCCCGGAUUUUCCAUUGCUAGUCGGUGUUAAGUGAAUGAUUUAAUAUUAUUAUUCACCCGAGGAGUGUGAAUACCAAAGUUAUGAAUAAUGUUUAGAUAGUGUGUGAUUGUGUGUCUCUUUUUUUUAUUUUUUUUUUUAUGUAAGAAAUAUGAAGACUUGAUUUCCAUACAUAUAAGAACACGUAAAACCAGUUGAGGUCUUUGAUGAAAGAAUAUAUUAUUUAGUG